GGCACGUGUGGGCGUAUACGCAAAUAGAUUCGCCUCAGAAUUCAAUGGACGAUACAAUUUCAAUUUCGUUUCUCUCUCUUUUUAUCAGACCGUUAGUCAAGGGGAUAAUGAUGGCAUGUUACACAAUCCAAUGCUCUACGAUCCACUGGAUGGCGUCGUGAAGACCUCCAAGACCCGCCAAUAUAUAGCCGCACUCCUCAUUUGCCUGGGCGCUGUUGCUGCGGGCACUGCCUUGGCCUGGACCAGUCCCGUGCUGCCUCAAAUCAGUGCGCCCGUAGUUAAUAGCAGUACAAUAGUGGCUCCGACCAAGUACACUGGAAAUGAGACUAGCCCAGUUAGUCCACCCAUACCGCACGAUGAUCAACUACAACUAACUGUCGCCCAACUUCAGUUUCUUUUAUAUCGCUAUGCUUACAUAUAAGAGUAUUAUCGGGGGCAAUUUAUGACUUUAAUCUGUGUUCAUUUGAUGUCACAAGACUCAAUCGAAGAAUUUAUACAGUUCUCGGCAUGAAAUUUACAAGGUAUAAAAGUAACCUGUUAAAGAUUUUUAAUAUAUGUAAGCUUAUUAUCUGCAUAUGUGUUAAGAAUCAAAAAUUUUUGUAGUUAUACCAGCCAUUCGAUCUCCGAAAUUAUUAUCUGGAAACUGAUUCUGAGAUUUUAGUUAACAAAUGACCCCAAUUCAACUUGAUGUCUUUUAAUUUCAUUUAUUUAUGAGAAAUAUAUUAUUAGACAAUAUAAGGGUAUAGGAAUAACUUUGUGUUUAAUGCAUUUAUUAUCAUGUGAGUCAAGUUCUAAUCGCCGUA